AUGCGUGAUUCAUCUGUUCCCUAUGGGCAUGGCAUCACCCUGACCGGAUUCCUGUUCGUGGUAAUUAAUUUCCUCACCGUGAUGUGGUACAACCCCAACUUGGACACCGACUGUCCGCCCUGGGUCUACGCUAGCUGCGCCGUCGGCUUGUUCUUGUAUCAGACCUUUGAUGCCGUGGAUGGCAUGCAGGCACGGAGAACCAGACAGAGCGGCCCGCUGGGAGAGCUUUUUGAUCACAGCGUUGAUGCGUGUAACACCGGUUUGGGCGUUCUGAUCUUUGCGGCCGCAAUGAACCUCGGUCAGUCUUGGAUGACCAUUUUGAGUCUAUUCGGGUCAACCAUGACUUUCUACGUCCAGACCUGGGACGAGUACUACACCCAGGUCCUCACUCUCGGCAUCAUCUCAGGUCCCGUUGAGGGCAUUCUCACUCUCUGCACCGUCUACGGCAUCACCGCCUACAUGGGCGGUGGCAGCUUCUGGCACCAACCUAUGCUCUCCACGAUCGGCGUCUCCAAGCCCGCCUUCCUCUCGAAACAGGUCUACGACAUGCCCUUCACGCAGUGGUACCUGGUGUAUGGCGCCCUGAUGCUCUUCUUCGCCACCGGCUCCAGCAUCUGGCACGUCAUGCAGGUGCGCCGCCAGCGUGGACUCGACCCCAUCUCCCCGUUGUACGGCCUGCUUCCUCUCGUUGCAAUCUGGGCGCUUGUCCCGGCCUACUUAUACCUCAAUCCGGCCGUGCUGGAGAGCUACACGAUUCCGUUUGGCCUUUUCAUCGGCUUGGUCAAUGCCUAUGCGGUUGGCCGUAUGAUCGUCGGCCACCUCGUGCAGCAUGGCUUCCCGUAUCAUAAUAUCUUGCUGUACCCCUUGGCGCUGGGUGUGAUCGACAGCGCGGGCCCGAUGUUUGGUUUGUGGGAGGCUCCCGUGCUUGGAAGCGAGACUCGCCAGGUGAUGUUUGUGUUUGGAUGUCUCGGUCUCGCGGUUGGUAUCUAUGGAAGCUUUGUGUUUGAUGUCAUCACUACGAUCUGCGACUACAUCGACAUCUGGUGCCUGACCAUCAAGCAUCCGUACGUCGAGGAGACCGAGCGCAAGGACGGCACAGCUAUAAAGGCACAGGUCGAGGGUGCCACAAAGAAGACCAAUUAA